AUGUCUAGCCCACAGAGCGUCCAGUGCUUCGGCAAGAAGAAGACCGCCACUGCCGUUGCCACAUGCAAGGCCGGCAAGGGUCUCGUCAAGGUCAACGGCCGCCCUCUCUCCCUCGUUGAGCCUGCGACUCUGCGAUUCAAGGUCUACGAGCCCCUCCUAGUCCUCGGCCUCGAUAAGUUCGCCAACGUCGACAUCCGCGUCCGCGUCAGCGGCGGUGGUCACACCUCCCAGAUCUACGCCGUUCGUCAAGCGAUCGCCAAGUCCCUGAUCGCCUACUACCAGAAGUUCGUCGACGAGCACAGCAAGAACCUGCUCAAGCAGGCCCUCGGCCAGUACGACCGCACACUGCUCGUUGCCGACAACCGCCGCUGCGAGCCCAAGAAGUUCGGUGGUCCGGGCGCCCGUGCCAGAUUCCAGAAGUCUUACCGUUAA